GGCAGUGGUUACUUCAGACACACAAAGAAGGAGUUCUCGCUCCUUAGGAAACCCUGCAAGUUCGGAUCGCUACUAUAAGAACAUUUGUGUCAGUGGAUUAUCCUCACUGUCAGGAGUCCAGCCAGAAUGAAACUAGUUCACGUAGCCCUGCUCUGUCUCGGCUCUGUGACCUUCUUCGGGGUGGAUGCUGCAAGGGUGGACGUAGCGACAGAGUUCAAACGAAAAUGGACGAAAUGGGCACUGAGCCGAGCGAAGCGGGACGUGAAGCUUUCGGGAGCGCUCCGAGGGCUGGGGGCAGCCGCCGACGUGCAGCUGCUCAUACGGACCCAGGACGUAAAGGAGGAUCCCCGAGUCUCGCAUCCCAGCAGCCGGGAGGAUGCUCACAUCCGCGUCAAGCGCUACCGCCAGAGCAUUAACAGCUUCCCCCACUUCCAAGCCAUCCGCACGGGGUGCCGGUUCGGGACGUGCACGGUGCAGACGCUGGCCCACCAGAUCUACCAGCUAACCGACAAGGACAAGGACGACGCCGCCCCCGCCAGCAAGAUCAGCCCCCAGGGCUACGGCCGCAGGCGGCGCUCCCUGCCCGAACGUCGCAGCCGGCCGCGGCGCCCCCGGACGCGGCGGGCACAGCCCUUCGCCCCCGUCCUCGGGGUCUGAGC